AUGCCUGAUCAAGACAAAAAGGUGAAGACCACGGAAAAAUCAACUGAUAAAAAGCAACAAGGAGUCACCAUCAGGGACUAUUCAGAUCUUAAAAGACUUCGUUGCCUUUUGAACGUUCAAUCAAGCAAACAACAGCUUCCAGCCAUUAACUUCGAUAGUGCCCCAAAUAGCAUGACGAAGUCUGAGCCUGCCAUCAAGGUGGGAGGACAUAGAACCCGAGGUCAGUGGCACGAGUCCACGGAAGCUGUUGAACUUGAAAAUUUUAGCAUAAACUACAAGAAUGAGAGAAACUUCAGUAAACACCCCCAACAUAAACUAUUUCAGGAGAUCUUUACAGCCUUGGUGAAAAAUAGACUCAUAUGCAGAGAGUGGGUUAAUCGAGCCCCAUCUCUUCAUUUUCUGAGAGUGUUAAUCUGUCUGAGACUCCUAAUGAGGGAUCCGUGUUACCAGGAGAUACUCCAUAGCUUGGGCGGGAUUGAAAACCUAGCUCAGUACAUGGAGCUCGUGGCCAAUGAGUACCUCAGCUACGGAGAAGAGCAGCACAGUGUGGACAAGCUGGUCAACAUGACGUAUAUUUUUCAAAAACUUGCUGCUGUCAAGGACCAAAGAGAAUGGGUCACCAUAAGCGGAGCCCACAAGACAUUAGUAAAUUUACUUGGUGCCCGAGAUACUAAUGUUUUGCUGGGUGCCCUUCUGGCUCUGGCUAGUUUAGCUGAAAGUCCGGAAUGUAGGGAGAAGAUAAGUGAACUCAACAUUGUGGAAAAUCUGCUGAUGAUUUUACAUGAAUAUGACUUGCUUUCCAAACGAUUAACUGCGGAGUUACUGCGCCUUCUCUGUGCCGAACCCCAGGUGAAGGAGCAGGUGAAGCUCUAUGAGGGAAUACCCAUUCUCCUCAGCCUGCUCCACUCCGACCACCUGAAGCUGCUCUGGAGUGUGGUCUGGAUUCUGGUUCAGGUUUGUGAGGACCCUGAGACCAGUGUGGAAAUUCGCAUUUGGGGAGGCAUCAAGCAGCUUCUUCAUAUUUUACGAGGAGACAGAAAUUUUGUUUCUGAUCGUUCUUCCAUCGGCAGCCUGUCGAGCGCAAACGCGGCAGGCCGAAUCCAGCAGCUUCAUUUGUCAGAAGAUUUAAGCCCUCGGGAAAUACAAGAAAAUACUUUCUCUCUUCAAGCAGCCUGCUGUGCUGCCCUCACCGAGCUGGUGCUCAGCGACACCAACGCGCAUCAGGUGGUCCAGGAAAAUGGCAUCUAUACAAUAGCAAAGUUAAUUUUACCAAACAAACAAAAGAAUGCAGCAAAAACCAAUCUGUUACAGUGUUAUGCAUUCAGAGCCUUGAGGUUUCUAUUCAGUAUGGAAAGAAACAGACCACUCUUUAAAAGGCUUUUCCCCACUGACCUGUUUGAGAUCUUCAUCGAUAUCGGACAUUAUGUUCGUGACAUCAGCGCUUAUGAAGAAUUGGUAUCCAAGUUGAAUUUGUUAGUGGACGACGAGCUGAAGCAAAUCGCUGAAAACAUUGAAAGCAUUAAUCAGAAUAAAGCUCCUUUGAAGUACAUAGGCAACUAUGCAGUUCUGGAUCAUCUUGGAAGUGGGGCUUUCGGCUGUGUUUACAAGGUCAGAAAGCGUAGUGGUCAAAAUCUUUUAGCAAUGAAAGAGGUCAAUUUACAUAACCCAGCAUUUGGAAAGGAUAAAAAAGAUCGAGACAGCAGUGUAAAGAAUAUUGUUUCUGAAUUAACCAUAAUUAAAGAGCAGCUCUAUCAUCCCAAUGUUGUACGCUAUUACAAAACAUUUCUGGAAAAUGAUAGGUUGUAUAUAGUCAUGGAGCUUAUAGAAGGGGCCCCUCUUGGAGAGCAUUUCAGUUCUUUGAAGGAAAAACAACAUCAUUUUACUGAAGAAAGACUAUGGAAAAUAUUUAUACAGCUGUGCUUAGCUCUUCGGUACUUACACAAGGAGAAGAGGAUUGUCCACAGAGAUCUGACGCCAAACAACAUUAUGUUGGGGGAUAAGGACAAAGUAACAGUGACUGACUUUGGGCUGGCAAAGCAAAAACAAGAAAACAGUAAACUAACAUCUGUUGUUGGAACAAUCCUGUAUUCCUGUCCUGAGGUACUGAAGAGCGAGCCAUACGGGGAGAAGGCUGAUGUCUGGGCGGCUGGUUGCAUCCUUUAUCAGAUGGCAACUCUGAAUCCCCCCUUCUACAGCACCAACAUGCUCUCCCUGGCUACAAAAAUAGUGGAGGCCGUAUAUGAACCAGUGCCAGAAGGCACCUACUCUGAGAAAGUGACGGAUACCAUCAGCAGGUGCCUCACUCCUGAUGCAGAAGCCCGCCCAGAUAUUGUAGAAGUCAGCUCGAUGAUAUCGGAUGUCAUGAUGAAAUAUUUAGACAACUUAUCCACAUCCCAGCUGGCUUUGGAGAAGAAGCUGGAUCGGGAACGGAAGCGCACCCAGAGGUACUUUAUGGAGGCCAACCGGAAUGCUGUCACAUGUCACCGUGAGCUGGCUCUGUUAUCUCAUGACACCUUUGAGAAGGCGAGCCUGAGUAGCAGCAGCAGUGGGGGUGCCAGCCUGAAGAGCGAACUCUCAGAAAGCGCAGACCUGCCCCCCGAGGGCUUCCAGGCCUCCUGUGGUAAGGAUGAAGACAGGGCCUGUGAUGAAGUCCUGUCCGAGGAGAACUUCAACUUGGAAAAUGUUGACAAAGACAUGUACUCGGAGCUAGAUGAUGAGCUGGACAUUUCGGACAACUCCAGCAGCUCUAGUUCGAGCCCUUUGAAAGAAUCUACAUUCAGCAUUUUAAAGAGAAGUUUUAGUGCCUCAGGAGGAGAAAGACAAUCCCAAACAAGGGACUUCACUGGUGGAAUAGGAUCCAGACCAAGACCAGCUUUGCUGCCUCUUGACCUGCUUCUGAAAGUACCACCCCUCAUGCUCAGGGCCCACGUUAAGGAGCUAGAGGCCAAGUUAGUGACGGGGUGGCAGUCCCAUAGCCUUCCCGCUGUGAUUCUUCGCAAUCUCAGAGAUCAUGCAUCUGCAGGGAUUGCUGUUUCCCAGAGGAAAGUACGACAGAUCAGUGAUCCUAUUCAGCAGAUCUUAAUUCAGCUGCACAAAAUCAUCUACAUCACACAGCUUCCUCCAGCUUUGCACCACAAUUUGAAAAGAAGAGUUAUAGAGAGAUUCAAGAAAUCCCUCUUCAGCCAGCAGAGUAACCCUUGCAAUUUGAAAUCUGAAAUUAAAAAGUUUGCCAGAGAAGUUUGCCAAUCCCCGCUCUACAUCCAGAUGCUACAGAUGGGGAGCAAAUACGUGGGACAAGAGAGCAUGUUAAAUGACACCAUGGAGUUAUCUCAGGGAUCUCCAGAACCGAUUGAGCCCAACUUUUUCACAGCGGAUUACCAUUUAUUACGUCAUUCAUCAGGUGGAAACAGCCUGUCCCCAGAUGACCCAACAGGUCUAUGCACCAGCUUUGAUCUGGAGGAGGGAAUAACAUAUGAACAGAUGCAGACUGUGAUUGAAGAAGUCCUAGAAGAAAGUGGCUAUUACAACUUUACAUCUAACAGAUAUCACUCCUAUCCGUGGGGGACCAAGAAUCACCCAACCAAAAGAUGAAAAGCCUGCGUUUUGAACAGACUCGGUUUUCCUAGUGAAGUUCAGGUUCUGGACUUCAGCUCUACCAGAUACCCAGGGAUUGGGAGCCGCUGGAAGGGUAUGGAAAAGAAGAGACCAAGAAAGACCUCUUUCUGGAGGCCCUGUGCCGGGUUAUGUGGCCGUGACAGUGUGGGAAGGCCCUGCUCCUUGGACCCGGCAGGCACAAGAUGACAGGGCUCUCAGGUCACUCCUGGGAGAAAGUGCUGCAAGAUUCAUCUGUGGGAAAAAAAACUCGCUCCUCACAGAACUUUCCUACAAGUUAAAAAAACAAGACAAAACCAAACACACACACACAUACACAAAGUCAUAUUUUUCAAUGGAAUAUUUUAUAUUUAGGAUUGCCGAAACUAUGUUUAAAGGCAUCUAGCCUUCUGUGUAUAAAGAUAGUUCUAGAUAAAGAAAAUUACAGGCCCCAGAGUAGUAAUAUAUUGGGUGAUUCACUGUGUUCUCCAAUUUUUUUUUUAUUUAAAAAGAAUUCAAAAUAGGUGAUUGAAUUUUAUUGUUGUUGUUUCAAGGAAAGGAUUGGUUCUCUCUUAACCACUUGGGUGCUAGUGCUCUGAAGACAGUAGACAGUAUUUGUAACCUUGCACAGCCUCUGGGAGUAACUGUCAAAUUGUCGGAUGUAAGCUACACUAGUAGAAUAUGUUGCUAUACAGUGUGUGUAUAUAUACAUAUAGAAAGGGGGAGGGAGGAGAGGUUUUGAUUAGGCUAAUGCUUUGCUGCUAAUCAAACUUAAUAGUGUUUUUAGAGCACUUUGAAGAGUUCAUGGAAUCUAUGAAAGAGAUGCAAUAUUACUUAUCCUAAGUCCCUUCUUACUAAAAUUACCUAUAUUGUUUUACAAUUUUUAUUAUUUGGGAAUUUGAAAUGAAAAUAAGCUAUAUAACAAAAUGUAAGUCCCUUCUUUAUUCAUUGAGACAUCCCUAAAAACACAAGAAAUCAGAAUGCCAAAGAGUGUUUCAUUCCUUUGUAAGGGAGACUUUAUGAUGAAAAUUUUCUAGAUUCUUAUUGGACUAAAAAUCUCUUCAACUGGCUUCUUGUAACUGACUUAUUGCCAAGUCAGACGGCACUUCUAACUGCGUAAAGAACAUUCUAAGUCUACAUAAUUAGUCAUCUGAAAGCUGGAACUCUGCUUUUUGUUUACUUCUCACUGAGUUCUGGUAUCCUUAUUUUCACUGAUAUGUUUUUAGCAUCAUUGAACAGGAUUUAGUUCAAUAUAUUUACAGUGAUUGAAACGUAAUCACCCUUUAGUAUGUAUGCAAAAUCUCUUAAUGUGAAUCCAUACUAUUUUUACAAUUUGUACAUUCAAUGCUUAAAAGACAUCCACAUUUCCUUUAACUAAUGCCUGUGAAAAAUUACGAAUGAAUCUUUGUCUUUAAGCCAAAUUAAUGAUUACAAAUACACUGUAAUUUUAAAACACAGAUGCAGUUACAGUAAUUAAAAAUACCAGUCUCAGCUUUCAAACAAAUUCAAUCCAUAUGUGAAAUUUAUGUGUAAAAUUACAAUGCUAUGAUUUUGAUUUACCCAGGUAAAAUUUGAUUCCUAUCCCAACUGAAUUUGAACUUGCACUAGUAAUUUUUAUAUCUGUUCCUGUAUGGAAUGGGCACGUUCCCUCACUGGGUAGGAGGCAGAGGCCUACAGGGGCAUAAAUUGCAAUUGUGAUAGAAGCUAAUACCUGGAAAUAAACCAAACUGUGGAUGAAA